AUGAAGACGUUGUUGGUGUUGGCGGCGACUUUGAGUGUCGUCCAUGCUGGAAUCAUCGGCUCCGAGCAGUCAGUCGCCGUCAAGGGACGUCUUCUGUGUCACGACAAACCCGCAAGUGGCGUCCGCGUCAAGAUGUAUGAGAAGGACGUCUGUGAGUCUUUUAUAUAUUAAGUUAUUUAAAAUUUCCUUAAAAACUUCGGUUAAGAAUAAUUUAACUGAUUCCAAUAUUAUUUGGAAUGGGUUUACAGCACAAUCGGUGACAUUUUUUUCAUGAGUCUUUCCAUUGAUUAUGAACAUGAUUUGCGUUUUUUUUCCCUGAGGAUUUUAGUUAUGCUAAAUUUCUGUAGAACAAGACUAUACUAAGGUUCUUUUGAGAUCCAACCCUUCUUGAUACUUUAUAAUAUGCAUUUUCAAGUUCAAAAAAUUGACGACCACGCCUGCUUGCUGGAAAAGAAACUGACAGUUAUACUUUAAAAGCUUAUAAAGUUGCAAAGUUUUUAAGUGAUGGACACAAAACUUGAUGAUAAAUCAAGCGACGGAAACGGCGAAUUUUAUCUAUCUGGAAGCGAUUCAGAGGUUCCUUCUUCUUCUUCUUUGUUGCUCAUUGAACCUAUGGGUGUUUAGGUUACGUCGAUCGAUCCCCGCGUUAACAUUUAUCACGAUUGUGACGACGGCUGGACGGUUUGCAAUCACUUGGGAUAUCUUUUUCCUUUAUCAAAUUGUUUUCAGCCAUGCCAGAGAAGAAUUACUAUCGGCGUGCCUGAUCAGUAUAUAAGUUCUGGCAAAACGCCAACCAAGGUAAUAUUCUAACAUCUUUUUUUAAAAAAAGUGCUUACAAAUUGAACAUUUUUGAUUGUUGGGGCGAUUAAUUUGAUACAUUCAGACAUUCGAUAUGGGAACGAUUCAACUGGCUGGAAAAAUACGCAGGAGAAACACGCGAUUGCAUUCAUCGACAGUAAACUUUCAAUCGUAAAAUUGUAAAAAAAUAUCAACACAAAUCUCCAGACCAUGACUAUCAGGCUUUUUAUACGUUUUUUUUUCUCGAUAAAAAAAUUUAUAAAAAAAUCUGACUCCUCGUCAGAAGCUAUAACUACAAUUUGAAAAAAAUAAGAAAAAAAUGAGCCAUCAUAAAAUUAAUGGAAAAAGUUUACGAAAUAUUUUUAAUUUUUUUGCUUCUGAAUGAAUAUGAUGCGUUUUUCGAACAGUUGAGUCAACAAAAAAAGGGAAAAAGGGAAUAGAGCGAGGCUCGCCGUCAUUUUCAGCUCAAUAUAUUCAUAUCAAUAUGCUCUUUUUUUCUUCCUAAUUUUUAACGUCACCUAUCAAUGGUAAUACUAAUAUUCUAAACCUUCCUUUAUAACCAUUUAUAGUGUUUUUAACAAAGUUUUGCCCACAAAACGGGUUGCCUUUCGACUACAACACAUGCAACCCGGAAGUUCGCUCACAGUGUCCUUCUGGCUUCACCUGCAGGUUUUUAAUUCAGAAAACUUCGUUUUAAUUCAUUAGAAAUACACGUUCUACAUCAUUAUAAAGUAAUUGAUUUUUGAAAAAGCGAUCUCAUAAACUUUAUAAAUGAAUUUUUUCCACUAGGCCUGAAAGACGUUUUCCUUGAAGUACGUAUAGAACGAAGCUUCACUGGUUUCAAACUAAUGGGAACUAAUUUCAAGACUUCCAACUGAAAGACAAGGAACCCCGACUUGAUUCCCAGACUCGUUAAAGAUAAUAAACUGAAACAAACAGGCAGGCGACGGACUCGACUUCUUCCAAUGAAACGCUCCACUUGUGCUGCGAAAGUGCCUCGAUGACCAUUGGAGACUGUAAGAAUUCUCGGAUUCGUUCCUGUUCAAUGGAAAAAGGGAGAAACGCUUAGAAGAUUGAAAAUAUUUUGCUGGUUAUGCGAGAAGGCUCUGAAAAUUACUUAGAAAUUUAAUUUUCGUAUCUUCACACCUUCAGUUCUUAUAUUUUAACCAACAUUUCAUAUAUUCUACAGCGGCCCAAAUAUGUCGUUGAAUUGGAUUAAGACAAAAAAGAACUUCGUCGAAAUUUCCCACUGAAAUUUCAAAAUGUUUUAACUAUGUUCUCCUUUAUACUAUUGAAUCUUUUUGAAGCAUGUUUGACUUAAUUUUUGGUUUUGCAUGCGUAUUUAAAACUAAUUGAGAAAAUGUGAGAAAAAAAAACAAUUUGAUUAAGGGCUGGCUGAGAGCAAACUGGCUCCGCAGAUCUUUCCACAGGCCCCUAUCAAUCUCUUACAGUCGGUUGGAUCGUGUUUAUAUUCGUUUUUUCAUCCUUUUUAAAACAAAGGUUCAAUUGUUUCCCAUCGAUAAAACUACAAUCUUCCCUCCGGUACACGUUGGCGACGAGGUGGUGGUCAUCUCCUAUCCGAAUGUUGUCUCAGCAAUCGUCCAAGCCGUUGAUUUGCCGAUGAGUUUGGGCUCAGGAUAUGCUCACAUUCUGACAACUGUUGGUAAUGGAUAGUUAUUUUUCUCUGAAGAAAACAGAAGAGUUCAGACCCAGCGUAUCGUCCUUUUGCUUUGGCCUUCAAUUACAACAUCCCCCUGACAGAAAGCGUUUCAAGCCUUUCAAUUAGCUCCGGCGGUGGUUCUUUUUCCUUUGUGGACAACACUACUUCCUUGCCGCAGCAAGACUCCUGUAUGGCUUAUCACACUCUGUUCCGAAAACAAAAAAGCUCAGACCGUGCUCAGUACGUCGUUUUUGUGUUCUACACCAACACUCCGCUGCAGUUGACCUCAGAAGGUCUGAUGAGCAACUGCAGCGACGUCCGCUGCCUGUUCAACGACUCGCCCAUAGCUUCUUCUCUGUCUCGACCUGUUGCUGGAACUCUCUUUUAUGUAAAAAAAAAAUCACAGAACUGCGGAAGAAAAAGUUCACGGAUUUCAGCUGACAGCAGAAAAGACCAUGUUCAAGAUCUCGGACUCACCGCAGUACAAUUCGGCAAAUUCGAAGCUUGCGAUCUUACUUAACCUUUUCAUUUGCAUUUACAAAAUUUAUAAAUCAUAA